AAAAUACAGAUAGACCAUACACAACAACUCACAAGCCAUGUUGGCUUUUAGAAUCUCCAACACUUCACACUUCACAUUUCCCACCUCAUUUUGUCCAUCAUUCCUCUUAUUAUUAAAAGUGUUCCUUUUCAAUCAUUUACAUUUCUUUCUCUUUGCAACCCAAAAUUUCAUGCAAAAGUUUUAAUCUUUGCACAAAAAAAAAAAAAACACUUUUUAGCUGUAACCCAUCUCCAUAAACAUUAAAUUCAUCACUCUUCCACAUACUCACUUCUCUAGUUCUCUUAACUCCUUAACUCCUUCAUUCAUUGCACAAAAUCCCAAUAAUUCAAACCAAGAUCCAUGAAUCCUCAGUAAAGUUUCAACCUUUAAGGUUUGAUCAGACCAAAAAUGCAUAAAAAUCUCAUCUUUAUAGCUUUCUUUACCUUCAUUCUUGUUCAAACUUCAACAGCACAACUGAACUCAGCUGAUUCAAGAACCUUGUUUCAACUUCAACAAAAACUUGAGUACCCACAAGCUCUUCAAUCAUGGAACAAAUGGACAAACUUCUGUUAUCUCCCUUCAUCUCCAAAUCUUGUGAUAGUUUGUUCAGGUAACCACAUCACUGAGUUAACCAUUGUGGGAAACAAAUCAAACACAAACACAAGCACAAAGCUUUCUUCAACCUUUUCCAUUGACUCUUUCUUUACAGUUGUUACAAAGCUCUCAUCUUUAGAAAAACUUACACUUGUGGGCUUAGGUUUAUGGGGUUCACUCCCACCUAAAGUUGACAGGUUUAAAUCACUUAAAGUUAUGAACUUUAGUUCCAAUUUCAUUAAUGGUGAAAUACCCACUUCAGUUUCAUUAAUCAAGAAUCUUGAAAUUCUUGAUUUGUCACAUAAUUUGUUGAAUGGGAGUGUUCCAGAUCUAAAAGGGUUACAGAAUCUUGAAAUUCUUGAUCUGGGUAGUAAUCUUUUAGGACCAAAAUACCCUUCUUUAAGUUACAAUCUUGUAACAGUUAUUCUAAACAACAACUCUUUCAGAACCCAAAUGGGUAUUGACUUUGUUAAGUAUGUUCAUCUUGAAAGACUUGAUCUUUCUGAAAAUAAACUUGUGGGUCCCAUCCCUACACCUUUGUUUUCACUCAAGUCAAUUCAGUAUUUGAAUCUUGCUAGCAAUCAGUUAAGUGGUGCACUGCCUGCAAACUUAUCAUGCACUUCAAACUUGUCAUUUGUUGAUGUUUCUAACAAUCUUUUGAUUGGAAAGUUACCAUCUUGUAUUGGGUCGAACUCGGCGAAUCGGACGGUUAUUAGUAUGUGGAACUGUUUGAUAAACUCAACUUCAAAGUAUCAACAUCCACAUAGGUUUUGUCAAAAGGAAGCUAUUGCAGUGUUUCCUAAGAAGAAAAGUGGUGAAAGUAAGAAAGAAGAGGAGACUGUUAAGCUUGGGCUUGUUCUUGGUAUCAUUGGGGGUAUUGUGGGAAUUGCAGGGUUGAUUGGGUUGUUAAUUUUGGGUGUUUAUAGAAAAAGAGAAGCUAAAAGGAGUAAAGAAUAUAGAUCUGAUAGCUUUGCUUUGGGUAAAAAUGCUGCUUCUACUGUAGCAAAAGAUGGUCGUAGACCACAAACGAUGAGGACAGCCGCCCUAGGCCUACCACCAUACACCAUUUUCACACUCGAAGAAAUCGAGGAUGCUACAAACAACUUUGAUGCAGUGAAUUUGGUGGGAGAAGGAUCUCAAGCACAACUUUAUAAAGGGUGGUUAAGGGAUGGUACGACGGUGCUUAUCAAAUGUUUGAAGCUAAAACAAAAACAUUCGACGCAAACCUUGCAACAACAUAUGGAAGUCAUCUCAAAACUUAGACAUCGGCAUUUAGUGAGCGUUCUUGGUCAUUGCAUUGUCUCGUACGUGGACCAUCCCAACUCGGGUAGCACUGUUUUUGUGGUUCUUGAAAAUGUUUCAAACGGGUCACUGAGAGAUCAUCUUACAGAUUGGAGAAAGAAAGAAAUAUUGAAAUGGCCACACAGAAUGGGAAUCACAAUGGGAAUUGCUAGAGGAAUUCAGUUCUUGCACACCGGAACUCAACAUGGGAUUUUCGGGAAUGAUUUGAAGAUUGAAACCGUGUUGUUGGAUGAUAAUCUUACCGCCAAAAUCAGUAGUUACAACAUUUCAUUACCAUCAAAGGCUGGUUCAGAGAGUCCUCUAAACGGACACGAUACUUCCCAAACUCCUCCUAGGGCUGCAAAUCCAGAAAAAGACGAUAUAUAUCAAUUCGGUAUCAUCAUCUUGCAACUCAUUACAGGAAAACCGGUCAACUCAGUGGAUGAGAUAACCGAACUCAAGAACGAGCUAGAGAUUGGUUUAACGGAGUCACCGACAAGACUGAAAGAGGUUGCGGAUCCAUCAAUCAGAGGAACUUUUGCGUACGAGUCAAUGAAAACCGCGGCUCAGAUAGCGAUUAACUGUCUUAACGAAGAUACGAGUGUGCGCCCGUCGAUUGAAGAUGUUCUUUGGAACAUGCAGUAUUCUGUUCAAGUUCAAGAAGGAUGGAAUAGUAGUGGCAACCUCAGUACAAAACUGUAAAGAUUUUCACUUUCUUGGUGGAAAAAAAAACAUGAUGUUGAGAUGUAGUUUUGGUACAUUGUCUAGGUGUUGGGCUUGAAAUAAAGAUUAUUCAUAUAUUUUAAAUUAUUUUUUUUAUUUUAUUAAAA